AUGUCACAGUACUGGAUGAAUAGCGAUAAUACGCAGAAUAACUGGUACAACGGAUGGAACGAGCACAGCAGCACAUCGGCAUCACAAGUUCCACCAUACUAUUAUGGACAACAGGAGCUGCAGCCAGGCGACAACUACUAUGCUACGAAAAUGUUCGUCCCUUCGCAACAGCAAAGUGAUGGGUCAGCGGGUGAUAAUUUCGAGAACGAAUUACCGCUGCUUGAGGAGCUCGGCAUCAAUUUCAGCCAUAUCAGGCAGAAGACUAUUGCUGUUUUGAAUCCGGUUGGCUCUGUAACGCCUGAUGCGAUUGCUGAUCAGGAUUUGGCGGGUCCGCUUGUAUUUUGUCUUCUUUUUGGAGCUGCUCUUUUGCUGCAUGGAAAAGUUCAAUUUGGAUACAUCUAUGGAAUCGGUGCACUGGGAUGCGUCGGUAUGUAUGCUCUGCUGAAUUUGAUGGCUGCUGAUAAUACAAUCUCUUUCACGUGUACUGCCAGCGGUGUUCUGGGGUACUUAGUGGCCAGCGCGGCAGUACUGUGGUGUAGUAUAUCGUCGUCGAAGUUGUUUGUUACAACACUGUCAAUGGAUGGACAGCGAUUGUUGGUGGCCUAUCCGUGCGCUUUGCUGUACUGCGUUUUUGCUCUUCUUGCGAUUUUUUAA